CGGCCCUCCCCCUCCUUAUCUCUCCGUCCCUCGAUUUCCCUUAUCCCUAAUGGAAGCAAAAAAUAUUGUACCCCUACAGCCACCCACGUAUGGAAAUGUAAUCACUGUUCUCAGCAUUGAUGGCGGAGGAAUAAGAGGGCUUAUCCCAGGAACCAUCCUUGAUUUCUUAGAAUCCGAGUUUCAGAAGCUGGACGGGGAAGAUGCAAGAAUCGCAGAUUAUUUUGAUGUGAUUGCAGGAACAAGCACAGGCGGCCUUGUAACAGCCAUGAUAACUGCUCCAAAUGAAAAGAACAGACCUGUCUUUGCUGCUAAGGAUAUCAAGGACUUCUACUUGAACCAUUGCCCUAAAAUAUUCCCACAAAACAAUUUUCCGCUAUUUCCACUUACUGCAAAGAUCUUCAAAGCCCUUUCGGGACCCAAAUACGAUGGUAAGUAUCUGCAUAACCUUGUUAGGGAAAAACUGGGAAGUACAAGAAUACAUCAGACUUUGACUAAUGUUGUCAUCCCAUCAUUCGAUCUCAAGCGACUGCAGCCAACCGUCUUCUCUAGCUAUGAGGUAAAAAAAAACCCAAGCUUAGAUGCCCUACUCUCAGAUGUAUGCAUUGCAACCUCAGCUGCACCAACUUAUCUUCCACCUUAUUACUUCGAAACCAAAGACCAAGAAGGGAACGUCAGAGAAUUCAACCUUACAGAUGGUGGGGUUGCUGCUAAUAAUCCGGUAUCUUUCAAGCUGUUUCAGAUCCUACCUGAUACCAAUAAUAGUAAUUUUAGCAUUACUGGUGUUAACCUGCAAAAUUGGUGUCUUUUCCAGGCUUUACUUGCCAUUGGUGAAGUGACAAAGGAGAUCCUUAGAGGAAGUCCCGACUUCUUCCCUAUAAAACCAAUGGACUAUGGCCGGUUUUUGGUCAUAUCAUUAGGAACUGGCUCAAAUAAAGACGAAGAGAAAUACAAGGCUCCUGAUGCAGCCAAGUGGGGCAUACUAGAUUGGUUAACCAGAGGUGGUUCCACCCCAAUAAUUGACGUAUUUUCUCAAGCAAGUGCAGAUAUGGUUGACGUCCAUCUCUCUGAGGUUUUCCAAGCCCUUCAUUCUGAGGAAAGCUAUCUGCGGAUUCAGGACGAUACAUUGAUUGGGGUAGUAUCUUCUGUGGACGUUGCCACAACGAAGAACUUGGAUGAUCUUGUCAAAGUUGGAGAUGAAUUGCUGAAAAAAAGAGUCUCUAGGGUGAAUCUAGAUACUGGCCUCUUUGAACCUUCAAAUAGCGAAACAAAUGCAGAGGCUCUCAUAAGGUUUGCAAAACUUCUUUCCCAAGAGAGGCAUCUUCGCCAUGCCAGGUCUCCCGUUGGAAAAGUUAAAAGUCAUGAUCAUCACAAAUGAUGAUGUUACUUUUUACUCGGGUUUUGGCUUCCCUUUUCCGGUUUUGGCUUCCCUUUUCCUCUCGUUUCUGGCCUCCCAAUCAAACUUUCAGAGUGUCAACGUGCAUGCUUACCAAACCAGCAGUGGAUUGCUCUUUGAUCACCUACCUAGCUAGCUUAUAAUAAACGCUAGCGCUAAAAACAGCUACAACAUAUAUAUACGUACAUAUAUAUAUAUAUAUAUACACACCUUACAGUACUAGAAACAUCUUUUAUGUUUUAAGCACCCACGAUUAAUUGAGAGCUUAGAACAUAUUUUCAGAUGUUUUUAAUAUUAUAUAUCAAUGUGUGUCUCAAUUAAUAUUAAUGUUCCUUAAUUUGGGUUUAA